AUGCCCGAGACCACGCAGGAGGCUCCGGCCAAGGACUCGCCCUUCUUCAUCAAGAACCUGCUCAACUGCGACAGCAAGCCGCCCAACAAGCCCAAGCCGCCGCCGCUGGCGGCCCACCGGGCGGCCCUGGAGGCGGCGGCCGGAGGCUUUUCCCUGGCGCAGGUGGCCGACUUCGGCUUCCCUCGCUUCGAGCUGCCCGCGCAGCGCUUCACUCUGCCGGCCCACUACCUGGAGCGCACAUCGGCCUGGUGGUACCCGUACGCCCUCAACUCGUCCGCGCACAUCCACAGAAGUGAAGCCACAGAAAAAGUGACAGCCAGAGACUCGUCCCCGACGUCGGGCACGGACCGGGACUCUCCGGAACUGGUGCUCAAGUCCGAGCCGGAGGCCUGCAAGGACGACGACGAGGACGACGAGCGCGCGGCGAGCAAAAGCGGCGACGAGAUCAUCUUGGAGGAGAGCGACUCCGAGGAGGCCUGCAAGAAGGACGAGCUGGACGACUGGAAGAAACGCGACGACGACGGCGGCGGCGGAGGAGGAGGAGGAGACAAGAAACCGUGCCGCAAGAAGAAAACGCGCACCGUGUUCUCUCGCAGCCAAGUCUUCCAAUUGGAGUCCACGUUCGACAUGAAGCGCUACCUGAGCAGCUCGGAGCGCGCCGGCCUGGCCGCCUCGCUGCACCUGACCGAGACGCAGGUGAAGAUCUGGUUCCAGAACCGAAGGAACAAGUGGAAGAGGCAGCUGGCCGCCGAGCUGGAGGCGGCCAACCUCAGCCACGCCGCCGCGCAGAGGAUAGUCCGGGUGCCCAUCCUUUACCACGAGAACUCGGCGUCGGAGGGCGCGGGCGCCGCCCCCAGCGCGCCCGCCAGCCAGCCGCUGCUCACCUUCCCGCACCCGGGCGUCUUCUACUCGCACCCCAUCGUCACCUCCGUGCCACUGCUCAGACCCGUCUGA